GAACGUAGUGGAACAUAUUAGUAAAACGUCAAAACAAUGGUUUCAAAGUUGGUUGGACUUUUGCCGAAUUUGGAGGAAGCUAAACUUCUAGAUUCAACCGAUGCGGAGGCGAGUUAUGUAUGGAAAUUAGCAUUAGAUGUUUUAGGAACUUCAGACGCCACGUCGAAGGAUGACUUUGAAGAGGCGUUUUACUUGGUUCAAAGCCUGGCAGACCGAACUUGGGAGCAGAUCAACUCCGGGGUCUUCAGUGAAGUGCCAAUAUCGACGCGGAAAGUCUACGCGCUUUCGUGUUUCUUGAGAAUUGUCUUCCUGCUGCUAGAUAGCGACGACGAAAAGCAACUAGAGGAAUGCUUCCGGACCUUGGACAAUGCCGUGCUAGUUGGAUGCACAACGGACCUGUAUGGCAGAGGGAGCGAUUUCCUGCAAGAGACGUCCAAGUUCCUUGAUGAGAAAGCGGGUAGAUUCAACGAUGUUCACUUCGAGGUGAUUGUACCGUUAGAAUACAAAGAAUGCGAAUGUGAUAUUGAUUGCCUAGACUGUCCUACCAUAGAAGCUUUCAAUGCCGACUACUUCAAACCAAAGAAACCUGUGUUACUAAAGAACACUAUCAAACAUUGGCCAGCAAUGCAAAAAUGGCGAGACCCUAACUAUCUUCUAAAAGCUGCAGGAAACAGAUUCGUACCAAUCGAAAUUGGAUCUAACUACACCACUGAUAACUGGAGCCAAGAAAUGUCGAAAUUCAAAGAAUUUUUCGUUCGCCAAUUUGGGUCUGAAAAAGAUUCAAACGAGAUAGAAUAUCUGGCCCAGCACGAACUUUUUGACCAAAUUCCAACGCUGAAAGAUGAUAUACGAAUUCCUGAUUAUUGCUGCUUAGGAAAGAACGAGCCUCACGAAAUCGAUAUAAAAGCAUGGCUAGGACCUAAAGGGACAGUGUCACCAAUGCAUCAGGAUCCCAAACACAACGUCUUGUGUCAAGUUUUUGGUAGCAAAAAAGUAAUUUUAGCAUCCGUUGCAGAUUCAGAAUUUUUGUAUGCGCAUCCAAGUAAGAUGUUGGAAAAUACAUCCGAGCUCGAUGCCGAGAAUAUCGAUUUUGAAAAAUAUCCACUAGCGAAAAAUGCAAAGUUCUAUCAUUUGAAAUUGCAAGAAGGAGAUGCACUUUAUAUCCCACCAAAGUGGUGGCAUUUCAUUAGAUCAUUGAAUAAAAGUUUUUCUGUAAGCUUUUGGUGGGAAUAAAUCCAGUUUUAAAACGUUAAA